AACGAAUCAAUCAAUCCAGCAAACAGACGAAUGCAAUUGAUCAAUUUCAUAGUGGUCAAUAGAACAGCAUAGAAGCAGAAGUAUAUCACCGAAGUGUAUGUAUGUUUGUAUGUGUGCAUAUAUCACAGGAGUCACAUGGUCUCAACAUGGUAGCAGCUAAGACAACCAGUAGAUCCAAUUAAUGAAUAAUGCUGUUAUUGAUCCAACAUGUCUACCUGGCUAAAUGCGAACAAGAAUUCAAAGACACUGAUCACGUCAAGGUUAUUUCUCUCAUAUUAGCCAAUCAAAGAAAUGUGCACGCACUAACUACACGUUCACAGAUUCAUUGGCUAACAAAGAGAAAUAACCAUACCACAGUGAAUUUCAUCGAACCAGUGUCUGCCAUAACACCAGUCAGUACUUAGUGGACUCACUAAUAUUCAUCACUUGAUAUCUAUCUGCCAAACACGAUGCUGAACGAUGGAAUCAACAAUCAACUCGAUAUGGACAGUUUAACAGAAGUGAUACUCAGGACAACGAGGACGAGGAGUGUUUCAUCAAAUCAGUUACAAUUCACAUUGACUGAUCCUGGAAACUGUCACAUUGCUGAUUUACAUGAACUUAAUCUGAUUCUGGAUAGACGAUAUUUUCCAGGAUUGUUAGCAAUGAAGGAUGAAAAGCGAAGAAGAGAGGCAUGGUGUAAUGUGGCUGCAGGAGCUGCAGCUUAUGCUUACAAAACAAUCGGAAGUGGUUUAUCACAGUCGGUGAGAAGGUGGCUAGCGAACGCUGCGUGUUCAGUGAUUUUAUUUUCUCUACUGGGUGAAGCGGAAAAGCUUGAUGAGUCUCAUCGACAUUCAGAUAUUGACUACGCCUUCUCUCCACAUCAAGACGUUGAUAGUGAAUUUGCCGGUUACGUUGGUCAUGCUCAUGGUGAUGAUGAGGAUGAAGAAGUUGAAAAUGGUGGUCGUGAUGAUGGUGAUGUUGAUGAUGACAACAAUGGGAGUGAUUGGAGUCCUCCGACUGUCCAACAGACAGACGAAGAAUCAGCACCACCAUCAACAAAGACGUAUGUUCCGGAUGGAAGUUGGAUUUACGGCGAAUGGACAGAGAGUAAUAUUGCCAGCGCUGAGGAGAUGGAGACAGUCAUACAACCCGAAAUGUUGGAUGAUUGUGUCACAGUGAUGAUUGCAUCAGUCGUCUGCUUCUUCCGUGAAGGUCAGUACAUUCCCCAUCGAAGAAAUGCCGACUAUCCAAUGCAAAUCAUUCAGAGUAACAUGAUGAAUAAAUAUGGAGUAGUUGAGGAGUGUGACAAACUCUUCCUCAUGUAUACAACUGGCAGAUGGAUAUCGAAAUUAAACAUUCUAACAUCGGUCAUGAAACACUGGAGUGGUACGACUAAAGUACGUGCUGUGCGUACAUUCGGUCUAGGAGUGUUAUAUAUGCCUGAAAUCGUAAUCGAAUGCUUUCGUGGUGUACCAGGUGGAUGGACUGAUGUCUAUCUAGUCGACUGUAUCGCUGAGAAGUUGGUCACAUCAAGAUGCAUCAAAUACUUCAGUGACUACACGUCUUUGAUAUCACACAGGAAAUUGGUUCACACACUAUCCAACGAUCCAAUAUACCACCACGCAGAGAGUAAAUCACUAACAGAUCAGAAAUGUUACUUAGAGAAAGCCGAUAUUCCGUGUUUGUAUGGUCGACUAAUCACCUUCUUGAAGUAUGCUGAACCUGACAGCGAACUGUUCACCUAUCCUCAAUUGAAGAUUUUCGGUGAGACACGUGAACAAUACUACGAGGAUUACUGUGCGAAAUGGGAGUCCAUAGUGAAGUAUAUUUACUCGAGAGAUAUUGAUUCGUCUCAUACCUUUGAUUCUGAUGUAUUGGAUGGUGAAUUGAAACAAUUCAAUCUUGUACAUGAUUGUGACAGAAAUCUCCUCAAUUUCUGUUUUCAAGUUUAUGGUGUACAUACAUAGUUUAUACUUGUAUUUGUAUUUGUUUCUCUAAUAUAUAUUAUAAUCUG